ACUAUCAUUUACCUGCAAAGAAGGACAUUAAUAUGGUUAAACACGUGUCUCUUCAAUAAACCUGCUACGUCGACCUUUAACUGUUAUUUCUUUCUUCGCAAACAAAAAAUCUCACAUCUCAAAAACGACGACGGCAACGGAAUGUUCCGAACGGCGGCGAAUCGAGUUUUGUCCGGUGCAAGGCACUGCAACGGAAACAUUGGACUCCGAUUCCGGCGUCCUCUUGCAUUGAUAACCUCUUCCCGCUUUUCCACGACGGAGAAUCAACCUUUUUCUAAUCCACACUCUAUCCAUGAUGCGAUUCCCGUUCCCACCACCGAAAACCCUAGCUUCUAUGAUUCCACUUCUUCAACAUCGUCAUCAUCAUCAGAUGAAGAUUCACGGCGCGAGAGUUCGAAAUCGAGAGCCAAGUACGAGGACGAACAUGCUCGCUUGCUUCACGCCUCACUCACUCACGUGAUGAAGCUGGGAUGGACAGAAGCGGCGUUAAUUGCAGGAGCGAAGGAUGUUGGUCUUUCUCCUUCUAUUGUUGGAUCUUUGUCAAGGAAGGAAGCUGCAUUGGUUGAGUUUUUCAUGGAUGACUGCUUACAAAGACUCGUUGAUAGAAUUGACACAGACGAAAGCUUAAAAAGUUUGUCACCAAGUGAUUGCAUCUCUAAGCUUAUCAGAUUUCGUCUAGAAAUGCAAGCUCCUUACGUAUCCAUAUGGCCUGAAGCUCUAAGUAUCCAGGCACAGCCAGUAAAUGUUCCAACAAGUUUUAAGCAGAGGGCAAUGCUUGUGGAUGAGAUCUGGCAUGCUGCUGGCGAUAAUGCCUCUGACAUUGAUUGGUAUGCUAAGCGCACUGUCCUUGGAGGAAUAUACUCAACAACAGAGAUUUAUAUGCUGACAGAUAGUUCUGCUGAUUUUCGGGAUACAUGGGCAUUUUUGGAUGCUCGAGUGAAAGAUGCAUUUAAUCUAAAGAAAACCAUUCAGGAGGCACGAUAUUUAGCCGAAGCUGUCAGUGUCGGGCUGGGAAACUCCUUUCAAAGGUUUGUCGGGAAAGUUUAUAGGAAAUGAUUGAAUCAUGGUGAAAAGAUGCACAUUCGGGUUUCAUGCAUUUGUCUCUAGUUACUAUAUUUUGAUUCAAACAACAAUGUUUUUUCAAAAUAAUAUUGUAAACUUGGCCGAUAUAAUAUUUCAAGUAGUGACUGUAUUUUCAGAUUAAUUCGUUUAAGCUCUUAAAAGCAUGCAAGUGUACCGGCUGAAUAUUGUAAAUUUUAGGAUACAAAAUCCAAUUAUCAAUUAUAAGAAA